GCUCGCGGACGACUGGAUGGCUACCGUUUCAACAGGGCGGAAAGUGAGAGGCCGCGGGUCGUAGGGAGGCUAGAGACGGCCGCGGGGAUUUUAUUCUUUCUGGUGGAGAGGGAGCUCCGUUUACCCACCGAGAAGAAGUGUCACAGAGAUUGGGAGAGACGCGAUGCAAGGAUGGGCUCCGGCAGCCAGAGGCAGCUCUAGAUGUCUGUGGCUCCUCAAGAUGUCGGUCCUAUUCUUGGCCCUGGGCAUUGUGUUAUUUAUGUUCAGAAGUGUGUACUUGUAUCCAGAAUCCAGCAGCAGCAAGGCACCACUCCCUCAGCCUAGUCUGGCUGCCGGAAUGCUGAAGCUUCUCCCUGAGGAACAUGUCGAGAGCCUCUUUACCCACGAUGGAAUCUGGCUCUUCCCGAAAAACCAGUGCAAAUGCGAAGCCUGGAAACAUCAGGAAAGCUAUAACUUUGAGAAUGCCUAUGGCCAGACUGACCUCCCUGCGGUGAAAAUGAGGAGACAAGCUGAAUUUGAACACUUUCAGAGGAGAGAAGGGCUGCCUCGCCCACCACCCUUGCUGGCUCAGGCCAACCUCCCCUUUGGGUACCCGGUCCACGGGGUGGAGGUGAUGCCCCUGCACACAAUUCCCAUCCCAGGUCUCCAGUUUGAAGGACCAGACGCUCCCAUCUAUAAGGUCACCCUGAAAGCUUCUCUGGGGACACUGAACACCCUCGCUGACACCCCAGACAAUGUGGUGCAGGGCAGAGGCCAGAAGCAGCUGACCAUUUUGACCAGUAGCCGGAAGGUUUUGAAUUUCAUCCUCCAGCACGUGACAUAUACCAGCACAGAGUACCAGCACCAUAGGGUGGAUGUGGUGAGUCUGGAGUCCAACUCCUCAGUGGCCAAGUUUCCAGUGACCAUCCGCUUUCCUGUUAUGCCCAAGUUAUAUGACCCUGGACCAGAGAGGAAACUCAGAAACCUGGUAUCCAUUGCCACCAAAACUUUCCUCCGUCCCCACAAGCUCAUGACCAUGCUCCAGAGCAUUCGUGAGUAUUACCCAGACUUGACCGUGAUUGUGGCUGAUGACAGCAAGGAGCCCCUGAAAAUUAAUGACAGCCAUGUGGAGUAUUACACCAUGCCCUACGGCAAGGGUUGGUUUGCUGGUAGGAACCUGGCCAUAUCUCAGGUCACCACCAAAUACGUUCUCUGGGUGGACGACGACUUUCUCUUCAGUGACAAGACCAAGAUUGAGGUGCUGGUGGAUGUCCUAGAGAAGACCGAACUGGAUGUGGUAGGUGGCAGCGUGCUUGGAAACACGUUCCAGUUUAAGCUGUUCCUGGAGCACAGUAAGAACGGGGACUGUCUCCAUCGGCGGACAGGAUUUUUCCGGCCCCUGGACGGCUUCCCCAACUGCGUGGUGACCAGCGGCGUGGUUAACUUCUUCCUGGCCCACACAGAGCGGCUCCAAAGAGUUGGCUUUGACCCCCGCCUGCAGCGAGUGGCUCACUCAGAGUUCUUUAUUGAUGGGCUCGGGAGCCUACUCGUGGGGUCCUGCCCAGAUGUGAUUAUAGGUCACCAGCCCCAUUCUCCAGUGGAGGACCCAGACCUGGCAGCUCUGGAGAAGACCUACAGCAUAUACCGGGCCAACACCAAUAAUGAGAUCCAGUUCAAGCUAGCUCUCCACUACUUCAAGAACCGUCUCCAAUGUGCCACAUAAAGAUUCCUGGGCACUGGCAAAGUGCUAUGUCAACCAGUUGCAAGUAUCUAAAACAGAGGAAUUGGAGAAUGAGCUACAAAAAAUGUGAACUCCCGAUAAGAUGAAUAGGGUAGAUGGGUCUGGCUAAGUUACUGUAGGUCAUUAGAAAUGGACCAAUCACAGAUCAAGGUACUGGAGAUUGUAUUAAUAAUAAUUAUUAUUGAUCACCAUUUGUGAAUCACUUGUACACACCUGAUGCGAAGACCUGACUCAUUUGAAAAAACCCUAAUGUUGGGAAAGAUUGAAGGCAGGAGGAGAAGGGGACAACAGAGGAUGAGAUGGUUAGAUGGCAUCACCGACUCAAUGGACAUGAGUUUGGGUAAACUCUGGGAGUUGGUGAUGGACAGGGAGGCCUGGCGGUUCCUGGGGUAGCAAAGAGUCGGACAUGACUGAGCGACUGAACUGGACUGAACUGAACUGUGCAUAUAGUGGUGGUGGUGGUGGUGGUUUAGGCACUAAAUCGUGUCCAACUCUUGGCUCACAUCAUCGCAUGCAAAAGAGCACAUGAUGGGCUGGUAUCCUUGAUCAAAAGGAUUGGUAUCCUUCUGGGUCCUUGAGGGUUAUUUGGUGGGUAUUACAUCACAGAUCAUCUCCAGCAUCAACUGGCAUCCACAAAUUUUUAUUUGGUCCUACUUCAUGGACUCAAAUAAUGUGAAUAACCCAGAGUCCUUAACCUUGAAGAAGUGGCAGCCUGGUUCAUUUCAUUCCAUUAGUAGCAUUCGGCAGCCAGGCUCAGAGGAUCAGAGGAGGGAGAACUCACAAGGGCAGGUGAGGAGGGCUCGUUGGAGUCAGCUUACCUGGAGUCCAGCACAUGGAUGGGAUGCAGGAAGGUGAAGGGUAGAAAUCACUGGGGUAGUCCACUCACUCCUGGAAUAAAGCUUUCCCUGGCAUCAGAUACCUACCAUAAAGACACAUUCCAGAAUGCCUGGGAUUGAACUUGGACCUUGUGCUGAGUUACUUUGUAAGCACAGUGGCCAAGCCACUAAAUUCCAGGGCCUUAAGAUCGGUUGCUUACUACUCAAGAUUGACGUCAUCUGCAGAAUGGAGCCAUCAUGACGACGCGGGUUUUCUCUGUUAUCUUGGGAGUCAGUGGAUUCUCCCACUGCUGCACUGCUUUUUUCUACUCUUUGCUACUGAUGACAGCCACAGUAGCUCAAAAUCUCUGAAAAAUGUGUGAGAUAUUAAUUCAUGAAAAAUGUUUUGGUAUUAUUAAAUUAUUUAAAAUAAUUUAAAAAAAUACUGCAUGCUCUAUCUCUUUGACAGCCACAAUUCCUAUUAGUAUAUUCAAGGCUCUGAGAAGUCCUGCUGUGAAGAAAUUGGCUUAACUUCAAUUCAGCAUUUCUCAGAUAUGGAUACAGACUGGCUAUCAUUUUUUUGUUCUCCAAACACGAAUAAGGCACAUACCUCAUUCCAUUGUAUAUGUCAUAAUGAUUCUGUUGCAAAACUUUUGUAACUUUUAACUAAUGUGCAUAACCAUUUAGUACAAUAGUAUAUGUAUUUUAUGUAUAAUACCAUAGCUAUAAAGGGAGACGAUGUUGGCUUGCUCCAUUCAGUACUGUCCUUAGACCCAGGCAAGAUGAGACCCUACCUAUGCUUUAGAGAACUCUGCAUAUCACAGACACGUGUAUUUAUUUUAAAAACCAAACAAACUCACAGAAGAAGAGAUCACAUUUGUGGUUACCAGAGGCAGGUGGUGGAGGAAGGGAAGAUUGGAUGAAGGUGGUCAGAAGAUAUAGACUUCCAGUUAUAAGAUAAAUAAGUUAAGUACGAGAGCUGUAGUGUACAGCAUGAUAAAUAUAAGUAAUGCUACUGUGUGUUAUAUAUGAAAAUGGUUAAGAGAGUAAAUCCUAAGAGUUCUCAUCACAGGAAAAAAUAUUAUUUUUCUAUUUCUUUAAUUUUGUAUCUAUAUGAGAUGGUAGAUAUUCACUAAACUUAUGGUGAUAAUCACUUUAUGAUA